UCUCUUUGGAGGAAAAAGAGAAAGUCUCAAGUUCUUGAUGAAUUCUCAGUCGGAAUUUUUAUUCACAAGUUGUUCUCAUGUUGUUAUAUAUUAAGUGUAUUCUCCAUCUCUCAUUUAGUGUCAACUAAUUUCUAAAAAGAAUUAACAAUAAACAAUCAACAGUGUCAACGAAAAGAGAACUAAAUUAAAAUUCCAAUGUGAGUUAACCAUUUUGAUUUUUGGAAAAUGAAUUAACAAAAUUGAAGAGAAAACAAAAAAUUCUAAACAGAAAGAGAAGAGAAAAAAAAAUCAACAUCAAACCCCAAGGAACUUAAUAGAAAGUGAAACAAGUUGGAAACUUUUUUUUUCUAUUCUUUUCUAUUGUUUUCUUUUCUUCUCUUCUGUGUUCAUUGUUUCUUUUUUUGUUCUCUCUCUCUCUCUCUCUCUCUCUGUUUCUAAUAAUUUUAAACUCAUCAACUAAACUGUCACCAAUUAUCAUCUUCAUCAUCAUCAUGAGAUUAAAUUGUAAAAGGAUAAAAUCAACUGGAAAUAGUGUAAGUUUAGUGUCAUCAAAAUCAACCAAAUCACCACCAAGAGAUAAUUUCAAUUCACCUUACAUGAGAACCACUUUUCGGAUAAUAUUGUUUCUUUGUUUACCUUUACUUUCCUAUGGAUCGUUCAAUUGUUUCCUUAAAUGUAAUUGUGUUUACAAGAGUAACAAACUUCACGCUGACUGUGGAUCACUUUCAUUAACGGAAUUGCCUCAGGCUUCUGUUGUUAAAGAUGAAAAAUAUUUAUAUGAAAUUCAAGUUAUCAAUUUGACAAAGAAUAGUUUUGUCGAACUUAAGAAAGAACUUUUCUCAAAUGCUCAUUUAAUCAAUCUACAGAGGAUAUUUUUACGAAAAGCUUCUGUUGAAAAGAUACAUAAAACUGCUUUCCACAAAUUAGUUCAACUGAUUGAACUUGAUCUCGCCUACAAUUUUCUCAAAUCCAUACCAAUAGAUGCAUUUCAAAAUAUUCCAAAGCUUAAAACGUUGGAUUUAAGCUUUAAUCAAAUUGAAGUUCUUAAAGAUAAUUCCUUCCACUAUUUAUCCAAUUUGAAGCUUCUUUUGCUUAACAAUAAUCGGAUAAAAAAGAUCAAUAUCAAUACAUUCAAUGGUUUAUGGUCGCUUGAAGAGCUUCAGUUAAGAGAUAAUCAAUUAGCUUACAUGCCAAGUAAGUCUUUAAGUCCACUUAAUUCAACUCACACUUUGUACUUAUCGGGCAACAAAUGGCACUGUGAUUGUAAAAUGCGAAAUCUCCGUCAAAUUUUGAUCUCCAGCGAGAUAAUCGUACCUGACGAACCAAAGUGUUAUAAUUUUGAUAAAAUAUGGACCAAAUUAAAUUUAGAUUCGUUGGUUUGUCCACCUCAAAUCGCUCCAAAUAAUAGCCUUGUUCAUCAAAUUGAGCAGUAUAACAAUUUCUCAUUAUCAUGCUCAUUCUUCAUGGAUGAAUUUCAACCCCUGGCAAUUAAAUGGUAUUGGCAAAAUCGACCAAUAUCAAAUAAUAGCGAGGGCAUAAUUCCCAAUCAACAUUUCAGCAUAAAAGAGACUGAUAAUGAGGAUAACAUUGAUGAGAACGGUAAAAGACGUAAGAUUCGCACUUCCAGACUGGACAUUACUUAUAUUUUGAAACUGAACGAUGGUAACUAUUCAUGUUCAGCUAAAAACGACGCUGGAUCAGCUGAGCGUAAUUAUACCGUUGAAAUAUUAACCUCAUAUGCUCGAACCUCUUCCUCAUCAUCUGUUGGUGAUUCUCCUGCCGCUGAGGCCUCAAUUGAGACUGGACAUCAUUCCUCUGGUUCAUCAAAGUCUCUCUCAUCAUUAAACUAUCCGUCUUCAUCUUCAUCAUCGUCCAAUAAUAACAGUGAAUCUCAUACAACUCUUUAUGGCCUAAUAUUAGGUAUACUUUUUGGUAUUUUUAUAACUGCAUCGCUUUUUGGUGCGAUAAUCAUAAUCUUUUGCCGUCGACGGUCAAAUCGCCGGUCAACAUUGGGAACAAAUCGUGUUGUUGCCGCUGAAUCUGAGCUUGAAAAGUUGACAACAUCAACGAUCAGUGGGUCAACACCUUCAAUCCAGCCCAUGGCCCCACCAUCGGUAGUAGAUAUAAUUAAUCCAGUUCGUAAGCCACCAAGACUUGGAUUAACAAGUGGAGAUGAUCAAAUAUGGAUGAUGAAACGAACCAGUUUCACAUCAGAUAAUGUCCAUCAUCAUCCUCCGCAUCAUCAUCAUCAUAUUUACAGAGGUGAUGGUGAUGGAUGUUGCUGUGAUACACCAAUACCCAUCUAUGAAUAUGAAAAUAAUUCUAAUAAUUUCAAUACAUUCAACACUGCGAACACAUCGAUAAUAGGUCCUGAUUUAAUCCACCAUCAAUCAGCACUGGAAAGGAAACACAAGAAAUCAUCUGAUGAAGAGAUGAGUAUACAUUCAGAUGGAACUGAAGUGUAAAAGAAGAUUAAAUAUAUAUUAAUGUAUACAUAUAUCAUUCU